AUGCACAAAAUUCACUUACUUGAAGGUCACUAGUCUGAAUAUUCUAUUCUAGAAAAAGCCUAAAAAAGUGGUUAUCCUCGCGAUGUUGUAAUGCUUUCAAUCGGUCUUGCUAUUUCGUUGGCAUUAUUUUCUCAACCCCAAAAUUCUGCUGUUAACAAUAUUCAGUCACUCUGGCUUAGUGAACCCAAGAAUACAUUUGAAUGGACCGAAGAAAAAGCUUUGGAUUGGGUAACAUUCAGUCAAAUGGUUGAUAUUUAAUCAUCCCCUAUUGGAGAACUCUAUGGAAUCACUGAUUACAGUGUGGGACCAAAUAAUUAUAGACUAGCCUAUAAAUUUAAUCUUGAAAAUGGAAAAUGGACAUCAUUUGACAAAGAUUUCUAGGUUAAAGAUAUAAAAUUUGACAUUUUUGGCAAUUAUUAUCUUCUUGAUACCAAGGGAAGACUAUAUGCAAAGAAUUCAAAAACUUAAAUCAUAACCAACAAUAUUAAGGAUUUUGAGGUUUCAUCUAAAGGCUUGAUCUAUGCAAUUUCUUCCGUUGCGUUAGAAUCCAAUGACUAGACAAAACUUAAUACUUGGAUUCGGGGAAGUUCAGAUAAGGGCAACAAAGAAUAUUCUUAUUAAUACAUUCUUUAUUCUCCAAAGAGAUAUUCCAAACUUGUUGUUAAAGAUGAGACGCCAAUCUAUGUUGAUGAAAAUAGCACGAUAAUUGGUUAUGGAAAUUAAUGUAUAAAAGAUAUCACUGUUGGUAUUGAUGGUAGUCUUUGGGCCCUGAGUUGCAAAUAAAAUUCUGAGAAAACUGAUUUUUAAUUAAUUAAAUGGGAGCCAGUAAGAGGAAAAUGGUAUGAAGUUACAAAUUCAUUUGGAGUAAAAAUUGCAGCUUACAAUGAAAUCUCUAUUUCAAUCGUUGAUUCUUUUGGUAGAAUUAAAUACUCUACUGAUAAAAAUCGCUAUGAAAAUGUUAGAUUCUCAGAAGAUGGACAAAGACCUGGCCUGUUUGCUGAUUCUUUGAUAUUAAACUCUACAAAUAUUGGAUAUGUUCAAGGGCUCAUUAAAGAAUCACAUUACGUUUCUAAAAUCUGCUACAGAGCUGCUGCUGUUGAUGGGUUUAACGCUGAGAAAUUCCACGAAGGUUGCGACUAUCAAGGACCUACAUUGACAAUCUUAAAGUCUCAAAGAGGAAGAGUGGCCGGAGCCUAUACAUCUGCCUCAUUUACUUCUUAAGGUUAAUCAUCUUGGGAUGAUAAGGCAUUUAUAUUCUCACCUGACCUCCAAGUUGUAUUACAAAUCAAAUAAUUUUCAGAAGCCCAUAAAAAUGAUUGGUACGCUGGUCCUAGCUUUGGAGAAAGCAAGGAUCUAUAUGCUUCUCUUGACAAGAGUUAUUACAGCCAAAGUGAUGCUGGAAAUAGCUACUAACUUCCUCCAGGCUUAACAUAUGGAAGUUCUGAAGCCUAAGCAUAUCUCUUCGGAGAGCGAUUCUUUGAAUUGGAAGAAAUUGAAGUCUACAGUCUUAUUUGA